CCUCAAGUGGCAUUAGAGACCCCUGCGGCAUAUGUUCCUUCUCAUCAUGUGGAAGGAAGCACUCUUGACCCUGGGCUUGUUGGUGGCACUGGUGGACAAGGUGCGGUCCAAUGAUGGCCAUCCCUCUUUCUAUGGGGUGAAACUGUGUGGACGAGAGUUCAUACGAGCUGUCAUCUUUACCUGUGGUGGUUCUCGCUGGAGGAGAAGCAUAGGAGACUCAGCUCUUAUUGGAGAAGAGGCCUUUGACCCAUGGAACAGAAAUCCUAUCUCUCAACUUAUCGACGAGCAGGAUCCUGGAGAGUCCAAAGUAUGGAGAGAUCAAACAAUGAAAGAGGCAUCUGUGGCUGCUGGAUUCAGCCGCUCAGCUCGCUCACCAAUCUCAGAUGAGGUGCUGGAGGCUCUACGGAGGGCAGAUAGGAAAGGACGGGAUGUAGUAGUUGGACUGUCCAACGCCUGCUGCAAGUGGGGCUGUAGCAAGGGUGAAAUCAGCUCUCUGUGCUGAACUUUGUUUCCUGAAUAUACGUUGUGUCUUGUCACUAACGCAGAGCUCUACUCUUUUUCUAUGUGAUUCCAUUGUUUCUUCAGAUGUCUUAAAAUUCCACUUCCCAUUCAAUUCACUGUCCAUGUGUUGAUUAUUGAUACAGGAAUGUGAAUGUGUACUCAAAAUUUGUUUACUGUAAUUAACACAUCUUUACAUAGUCCUAUGUUUUAUUAAAGUUGUGUGUAGUUGAUAUGAAAGUCUCUGUUCCUCUUUCAAAAGACUGAGAUA